AUGGAGAACUAUCAUAUAAUGGAAACCAUUGGUGAAGGUACACAUGGAAAAGUUUAUAGAUGUCGUAAGAAAUGCACUUGGCAAAUCUAUGCGAUGAAGUGUAUCAACAAGUAUGAGAGAUCCGAUACCGAUCAUGUGAUCGUUGCAAUUCGCGAGGAGUUGAAUCGGCUGAAGAAGUUGCGACAUUGCGCGCAUUUCGUGGCGGUCUUUGAGUGGUUUGAGACACCCACUGAUAUCUACGUGGUGUUGGAGCUCGUACAGUACGACUUGCAGCGAAUCAUGCUUGAAGACCGCGUUCUACCGCUCACCGUCGUCAAGCAGCUUUCAACACAGCUGCUCUACGCCAUUCACUAUCUACAUAGCAAUCACAUCGUACACACCGACAUUACACCGUCGAACAUCUUCAUUGGCAUCGACGGAAACAUCAAGCUAAACAACAACCUAUCAUCGACACUACAACGACUACAACUUAAACCGAUAAACAAUCGAAUCAAUAGCAACAACAAUAAUAACAACAGCAACAACAACAACAAUUCAGCAUCUUCAAAUAAUAUCAAUAACAAUAACAAUCAGAAAAACAAGUAUUUACCACCUGAACUAAUGAUUGCUAUUGAUAAGAGGAAUAACAAUAACAAUAAUAAUAAUAUAAAGAGAGAUCUAAAGUUUGUAAUGGAUGAAAAUGAUGAUGAUGAUAAUGAUUUGGAUGAACAGCAAAGUGAAAAGAUUGACUUGUGGUCGCUUGGCGUUGUAUUGUAUGAGUUGUAUGCUGGCUAUCCUCCGUGGUCGUCGACCAAUACAUUCUCGUUGGCACAACAAGUGAUAAACAGUCCUUUGACACUACCGAAUGGAUUGCUUAACAACCAUGAAGACUUCUCAGAUCUCCUACAGUCACUCCUACAAAAAGAACCUGAAAAAAGAUUAUCGCUACACGAACUACUACAUCAUCAAUUCUUCUCUCUACCCGAAUCAACAAUUGUACAAUUACAAUUAAAACAAUACACCAACAGUAGCAAUAAUAAUAAUAAUAAUCAUGUAAAUAAUAACAAUAAUAAUAAUAAUAAUAAUAAUAAUAAUCAAUAUAUACCAUCAAUUGUAACAACAACACCAACAAUUUCACAAUCGACAUCGAAUUUACAAGUACAAUUACAACAACAAUUGGUGCAAGAACAACAUCUACAACAACAAAGACAACACCAACAGCAGAUACUACAACAACACCAACAAUUGCAAGAACAACAGUAUGUAAAUAACAAAAAGAUCAAUCCUGUUGUUGGCAGUCUGCUGGGUGGUGGUGGUGGUGGUGGUGGUAGUAACGGCAGUGGAAGCGCACCGAAUUUUAUAAAUAAGAAACCAUCACCGAUUACCUUGAUGAGACCGCAAACACCACAAUUCAUUCUGCCACUCUCACCGACGAGCAAUCACAUGAACCCAGUGAACACACCAAACUUUAGGCCAUCGAAACUCUCUGGUCGGCCUCUCACACCGAGUGUGCCGAUUAACUCGUCGUCGUUGGCGCCAGUCAAAUCUACACUACCGCCAUUGGGUGCUGUCAUAAGAUCACCUCCACCAACACCAAUAACAAUCAAUUCAUUCCCAAAUAACAAUAAUAACAAUAACAAUAACAACAAUAUUAAUAAUAAUAAUUUAAAUAUUAUUAAUUAUAAUAACCACAUGUAUAAUAAUAAUAAUAAUAAUAAUAAUAAUAAUAAUAAUAAUAAUAAUAAUAAUAAUAAUAAUAAUAAUAAUAAUAAUAGACCAACAACAAGUAAUAGUAAUAGUAAUAGUAGCAGUAGUAGUAUUGGUAGUUUAUAUAAGAAUGUUACAUUUUCAAAUUCAUUCGAGAGAAUCGAUAUAGAGUCGAGAGAUAUAGAUAUUGGUGAUACUCAUGAAUUCUGGAAUCAACAAGAACAACGAUCAAAAAUAGAGUCUGAAGCAAUCAAGAUGAGAAGAGAUCGUAAUCUUAUUAUAAUGAUAAAAGAUUUCCUAAAGUCUGCUGCCACCAACAACAACUAUGAGAUUCACUCUAUGUUAGUGCUCAGUGUGAUAAUCACCUUUAAGAAUCUAUUGAUCAAUGGUAAAGGUAAAACCAAACCACCUCUAUCAAGUUCAUCACCACAAAUCAAUCAAUAUUCAACAAGUAGUAGUAGUAGUAGUAGUAAUAAUAGUGGUGGUGGUGGUAGUGGAGGAAAUAAUAAUAAUAAUAAUCAUAUUGAAUUCAUUUAUAAAUCAUCUUUUAUCAAUGUAUUCAUUAAUAUGUUGUCGUCGUUGAUAACAAACGAUAUUAAGAACGAUCGUGAACGAACGAAACUCGUUGAGAAUCUCAUGAUUGAAUGUAUCUCGUGUAUUGUUAUCCUACUUGAACAAUCACCACCGCUGACAACACUACUCAGUCUACAUUAUACAUCGCUGCCUACCAUAUCGAUAUCCUCUCCCAAUCGUAAAUCGACCACAACCUCACCAAGCUUCUCACCGACAGCACUCUUCCUCUCGAUUACCAACUACCUCUCACAAUAUGCAUUGAUUUUUGAGAAUAGGAAAUUAAAUAAUCUAGUUAUAAGAUUGUUUACUGUUUACUUUAAAAGAAUCGGUGAAUCACCAAUACAACUAAGUGAAAUCUAUUGUAAGAUACUGGAUAGCACAGAGAUACUUCAGAAUCUAUCGCAUGCACUGAUAUUGACACUGGCCGAAGACGAACCAAAGAGAAAGGUACCAGUACACGAUAUCAUUGAAUGUCUGGUUUCAUUUAUCUAUACCUCUCCACAAAGUGUCGCUGAAUUCCCUCAUGGUGCAUUUAGAAAGCAAAAUAUACCUUCGAAUCCUAAUCAUCUUUUAUUAUAUCAUAAUUCAUGUAAUAUAAUUGGUGAUUCAAUUGCAAAAGAAGAGGAACUUGAACAACCAGAGGAGCAACAAAAGAAGUUCUAUUACUACUCUCUAUUCGAGUAUCUGUUGAAUGGUAUCGGUGACAACCAAAAUCCAGAGAUGAUAAAACUGAAACCAAACAACAUAUCACUACUCUUGCUGAUAUUGGGUUCUAUCAUUUCAAACAUACCUGAAUCAUUUGAAUGGAUGUUAUGUUAUAAUUUAAAUACAAUAAUAUCGGAAUAUAUUACAUCGAGUGAUAUUGUCACUGCUUCCUGUGCUUCGUACUUUGUAGGUUCAUUCCUGACAGAGGUGAUCAAUAUCGAAAAGAACAAUCCGUUUGGUAAUAGCGAGAUACUAGGUGAUACUAUCAAUGAGAUUGUAGAGUUGAUAUCGAUCAAGACCAUUAGGAAGUUGUUCAACAUCAAGCGAGUGGACGGCAAUACGAUUCGUGAGUUGGAGGGUGGCUGUCUUGGUAGACCAAAUAUCGGACUUCUCGAUGGCUGUGCUUGUAUUCUCUUGCGAUUCCUCAAGAAGAAGUCACAGUUCGCUGAAACGGUGUUGGAGUCUGGCAUUUGGGAGGCGAUCUGUCAUCAAAUCAAUAUAUCGACGAGUGAAUUCGAGUUGUCGCCGUCCGGUAUCAUCUAUACGCUUCGUGUGAUCUACGAGAUCAUCUCAAAAUCACGUGAGAAUCUCUCGUUUCUCGUGAAGAACAACUUGCUCAGCUCGUUGUGUCUGCUGAUGCAACCGUCACAUCUCGACACCCUCAAGGAGUGGCCACAAAUACAGUUUGGUGGCACCACUGGAAUCAGCUCACUCAUCACCCAGACCAUCUUUAUUCUCUACUUGCCCGACUCCAAAGACUACAAGACUGACGAUUCCAACCUGUUUGAACUGAUCCGACAUAUCAUGUUGGAUCACGAACUCGUCAGAAACAUCACAUUCGUACUACUCGAACUACCAUACGAAUCACUCGACUUGCCAAUAGCACUGCUGUCCACACUCAUCCUACAAAACUCAAACUUUGCCAAUCAAUAUAUUCAAUCGGGUGGAUUGGAUCAUUCUCUUAUCAAUAUGCUAUUAAAUACUGAAUUAUCAUCUACAUCAAUCAUAUCAGAUACUCUGUUGAUUCUUGGACAAAUAGCUAGAAAUUCAGCUGGUGAUUAUGAACUUUUAGAAAAGAUUGAUUUCUUUGGUUGGUUAAUUCCCUUGCUUGAGAAUGUAGAUGCUAGUGUAAGAUCGAAAGCAUGUAAUCUAAUUGGUACUCUUUUUAAAUAUAAUUCUUAUUUCUAUCAAUCAUUUAAAGAUUUGGGUAUUAUACCAGUUCUAAUUAGAAGAUGCGAUGAUAAAGAUUUGAUAACUAGAAAGUUUGCUUGUUUCGCUAUUGGUAACUCUGCAUUCCACUCGAGUUUACUGUAUCCAGAGCUGAGCGAAGCCGUUGAGAGUGGCACAGUUGACCUCAUGCUCUCACAAAUACACAAACCGGCACUCACCAAGAAUCUGCUGUUCUCACUCGGCAACUUUUGCUCCUACCCAGAGUACAAGAGAAUUCUGCUGGAUCGCUUCCAAUUCAUUGAAAAACUCAACGAAUCGGAAUUCAUCGAUGAAUCCGCACAGAAAUUCGCUGAGAAAUUAAUUAGAUGGUUAACUCAAUAA